GUGGCGUUGCCUCUCGAGUAGUCCAACUUCGCGAGCCCUUUGGCGUGAAACGAGAGGGCGACAGCGUUGUCGUCCAUUUCUUCACCUCUGCAGCCAGCCGCAAGUUCAGGGAACUAUCUUGCAAUCCAAGUACGGCACUAUUGUGCUGGAAUCCAGAAACCUUGACGUAUGUUACUUUUCAGGGCCGCGCGAGUGAGCUGAAGGCUGCUGAAGGAAAAGGCUUCUGGCGAGAAUGGAUGCAAGUUCUUUACAAGGAUCCUCAGCUUUUCUCGGCGUGGAAAUUGGAAGUUCAGCGUCUACAGGUGGUUAGCAUCGG